AUGCCCCCCGGAUCUCAGCGUCGUGUCGGCAUGGACGGCGCGCCGGCCGCCUUGGACGACGACGACAUUUGCCGCAUCUCGGAUGUGACGGCACACGCCUGGGCGACCUCGACGGCCAAGACAUACGGCUCGGGUUUGCUAAUAUACCACAUUUUCUGCGACAUCAGACAAAUUCCAGAAGAUCAGCGUGCCCCCACCUCCGAAAUCAUGGUCUUAGCCUUUGUGGUGGCUCUCGCGGGGUCCUACGUGCGCAGCGCCAUUAUCAACUACGUUAACGGUGUGCGUGCCUGGCACACAAUUCAUGGCUUACAGUGGCAGAUCGACGAGACCCACCUGGAUGCGGCGAUCAAGGGCGCGGGCACACUAGCCCCGGAUUCCUCUCACAAGAAGAAGCAUGACCCCAUCACCGUGCAGUGGCUCACUACCUUGGCGGCUCAAUUCGACUGCGACAAGCCUCUCGACGCGGCCGUCUGGGCGUGCCUCACCUUCGGCUUCUUUUCGCUUGCACGCGCAGGCGAACUCACCGUCCCUAACAUCGACUCCUUCGACGCCACCCUGCAUCCAAGCCGAGCCAACCCAUCAACACGAUCCCACCGGGGAAGUGAAGUGCGGGUACUUUUCCUGCCAAGGACCAAGAUGGCCCGCGACGGCGAAGACAUCAUGAUCGCACGACAGUCCACCAGCUGUGGUAGUCGUAAUGUAUUAUAA